CAUUUUCGUGCCGCGGAUCGACAGCACGCAGCUCGAACACGAAAUCGUUCGGCGCACGACCGCGCACCGCGGCGGAGGAGACCGGCCCCGCUCGUCGUGUAGAGCGAUGCGACGAUUGGACUUUGAGCGGUCAAAGAUUGGAUCCGACAUGGUGGACAAGAGGAGGCCUCCUUCUCCGCGUGCGAGAUAUAUCGGGUCACAGAUAUAUCGUGGUCGUCCUGCUGCGAGGAUCGUUUAUUACGCGGCCCAACGCGAAAGCUGAAUCGGCUGCUGAAUCGGUCGUGCGACGAAAACGAGCAGAUCAGACGCGCGGUAGAAGCAACAUGUCGUGCGAGAUCGAGACGGGCCCGCCGGGACCGGAAGCCCUCGCGGUCGCCGCCAAGGAGCUACGCGAAACCGAGGAGAACGUGAAGAAAGGACUCGAGGAGCUCAGGAAAUUACUCGAGGGGGACAAGACCAUCUACUUUAAGACGGACGAUGAGGUGUUGAUGAUUUUCCUGCGGCCGUGCAAGUUCUACGCGAACAGCGCGUUCCAGCUGAUGAAGAGGUCCGUCGAGUUCAGGGACAAGAACGCGAGCCUCUUCGAGAACCUGAUGCCGGCCGACGAGAAGACCGCGUUGCUCCAGUACAACGUCGUCAACGUGCUCAAGGGCAGGGACCAUAAGGGACGAAGGGUGCUGCUGGUCAACUCCGGGAAAACCUGGGACCCGUCGAAAGUCUCCGCCGAUCAGAUACUACGAUUGUUCUAUCUGGUCCACAUCGUCGCGAUGCGGGAACCCGAGACGCAGAUAAAUGGGACUAUUGUGAUAAUGGACUUCGACGGGCUGACUAUGAAGCAAGUGAUGGGACUGACGCCAUCUUACAGCAUGAAGCUCCUGACUUUCAUCCAAGACGCUAUGCCGUUGCGUCUUAAAGAGGUGCACAUAGUGAAGCAACCGUUCCUGUUCAACAUGGUCUGGCAGAUGUUCAAGCCGUUCGUCAGGGAGAAGUUGAAGGGUCGCAUGUUCUUCCACGGAAGCAAAAUGUCCUCGCUUCACCAACACAUUCCGCCGAGCCACUUGCCGAAGAACUACGACGGCGAUCUGCCGGAAAUCAACUACACCAGCGCCGACUGGUACCCGGCCUUGAUUAAAUGCGAGGAUAAAAUUGCAGAAUGGAACACAUUUGGCUCCAGAAAGGCCGAUUAGACUGAUAUUCGUGGAGCAUCACGGAAGCUGUAACACUCGAAUCGUCCGAGCAAUGGACAGACGUGUCCAGAAACUGUUGUUAUUAUUUUGAAAUAGAUUUCCGCUUGAUUGUAUACUUUUGUACGUUAGGCAACUGUUACGGUAAAUAAAUAAAACGGUUUACACGAG